UAUCUAUGACAAUAUACGUGUAAAAUGCCGGCUUUUGUUCAUUCAUAAAAAUGCUAAAAAUUAUGCUCUCCGUUUGUACAAAUUGCACAUUUUGAGUAACUAAGAUCAGAAAUUGUUAUACUUGAUUCCUGUAGUCAUAAUGGAGAUGGAAUGAUAUCAAUUAGUGUACAGACAUUCUAAAAGGACGUCAAAUUUACACUAAAUCAAUUUAAAAAUUAUAUCAUAUAAAUAAACGCGAUGGGUGAAACGAAAGUGGAGAAUGCGGGAUUUCGUAUGAGUCCUGAAAAACAGGAAACUUUAUUAAAAUUAAGUAUUUUAACUAUAGCCGCAGUAUUAUCAUUUGCGACCAGAUUGUUUUCUGUACUACGAUUUGAAAGUGUCAUACAUGAAUUUGAUCCAUAUUUCAAUUACCGUACAACCAAGUAUUUAGCUGAUAAUGGAUUUUAUAGUUUUCACAAUUGGUUUGAUGACCGAGCAUGGUAUCCGCUAGGAAGGAUUAUAGGAGGUACAAUAUAUCCUGGAUUGAUGGUGACAGCUGCAUCGUUAUAUAAUUUGUUAUGGUCUUUUAACAUAACGAUUAAUAUAAGAAAUGUCUGCGUGUUCUUGGCACCAUUUUUCUCUUCACUGACCACUAUAGUCACAUAUUUAUUGACAAAGGAGUUACGGGAUUCAGGUGCAGGUUUAGUGGCUGCUGCAAUGAUUUCUAUUGUCCCUGGUUACAUUUCUAGAUCUGUUGCGGGAAGCUAUGAUAACGAAGGCAUUGCAAUAUUUUGCAUGCUGUUGACUUAUUACAUGUGGAUUAAGGCCAUAAAAACGGGCAACAUAUUUUGGUCCACAAUGACUGCUUUAGCAUAUUUUUACAUGGUUUCUUCCUGGGGAGGUUACGUGUUCCUAAUCAACUUGAUACCCUUACACGUUUUGUGUUUAAUGCUAACUGGCAGAUUUGGCCAUCGUGUAUACGUUGCUUACAGUACUGUAUAUUGUGUAGGAACAAUAUUGUCGAUGCAGAUAUCUUUUGUUGGAUUCCAACCAGUGCAGAGCUCUGAACAUAUGCUGGCGUUAGGAGUGUUUGGUCUGUGCCAAAUCCAUGCAUUCGUAGAUUAUUUAAAGAGCAAAUUAUCGGCCACGGAGUUUGAGAUAUUAUUUAAAGCAUUGGUGUACGUAGUCGCAACUAUUACAGUUGUUGCCGGAUCUUUACUGGCAGUCUCUGGAAAAAUUGCGCCUUGGACAGGAAGAUUUUAUUCGUUAUUAGAUCCGUCGUAUGCUAAAAACCAUAUUCCUAUAAUAGCUUCUGUUUCUGAACAUCAGCCAACAUCAUGGUCAUCAUUUUAUUUUGAUCUACAACUUUUGGUCUUUCUAUUUCCUGCAGGAUUAUACUUCUGUUUUUCAAAAUUAUCGGAUGCCAACAUAUUUUUAAUAUUGUACGGAGUUACGAGCAUUUACUUUGCAGUAGUAUACUAUACAAUUUUUGCUUACAUCUAG